AGCUGAGACAGAGACUUCUGCGUCAAAGAGCAGAUCCCAGGAUGGGCGAAGGUUGGAGCCAGGAGGAAAAGGUCAGAAGGUUUUCAUGGGCCUAGAGGUGGAGCCCAGUGGAAAAGGUGCCCAUUUGUCCAAAGUGUACAGCUAAAGAAGAACACAGCUAAGGCAGCUUUUGCUAGCGGGGAGCAACCCUGCCAUUUGCAUUGCUGGAAAACCAGUCAACCAACCCCACCGCAACAUUCCAGAUCUGGUUGCUUGGUUGGCAACCAGGAUUGGCUCCAGAUUUCAGGGAGCCUUCAGAAAAUGUCCUCAGCCCUUAUUCCUGACUGAAGGCUAGUCAUACUGGAAGAAUGCAAGAGGUGAACAGAACCCAAGUGUCAGUGUUCAUUCUCUUAGGAUUCUCAGACCAUUCUGAAAUGGAGAUGCCCUUGUUUUUGGUCUUCCUUCUGAUCUAUCUAUUGACCCUGACGGGAAAUCUGGGUAUGAUUGUGCUAAUCCAGACAGAUUCCCUUUUGCAGUCUCCAAUGUAUUUUUUCCUAAGCAACCUCUCCUUCGUUGACGUCUGCUACUCCUCCAUCAUCAUUCCCAGGUUGUUGUAUGACCUCUUUACAGACAGGAAGGUGAUUUCCUACAAUGCAUGUGCAACCCAGAUGUGGUUAUUCACCCUCUUUGCUACGACCGAGUGCUACCUUCUGGCUGCCAUGGCUUAUGAUCGCUUUGUUGCCAUCUGUAACCCACUCUUUUAUCCUAUUGCAAUGGCCAAAAAGGUUUGUCUGCAGCUUGUGGCUGGGUGCUAUUUGGCAGGGCUUGUGACUGCCAUUGUCCACACCAGUGGCACCUUUAGAUUGUCUUUCUGUGGACCCAACAAAAUCAGCUCCUUUUUUUGUGACAUUCCCGCUUUGCUGCGGCUCUCUUGCUCAGACAACUAUGUUUCCAAGGUGGUACUCUUUGUUUUCUCCACUUUUGUUGUGGUAGCAAAUGCAUUGAUUGUUUUCGUCUCCUAUUCUUACAUUAUUUCCACCAUCUUGAGGAUGCGGUCAUCCACAGGCAGACGGAAGACCUUCUCAACCUGUGCCUCACACCUGACUGCCAUUGUCCUGUAUUACGGGUCCUUGACCUUUAUGUAUGUGCAGCCUGGGGGGCUGGAGGCAGUGGAGCAAGACAAAAUAGUGUCUGUCUUCUACACCAUUGUGAUCCCUAUGCUGAACCCCAUCAUCUACAGUCUGAGGAACGAGGAGGUGAAAAAAGCUCUGAAGAAAAGACUAAGCAAGAAGAUAUUUCUGAAGCAGCCAAAGCAAUGAACUUUCUUGUUUUGCUGAUUGUAACAUUGUUGCCCAGUCCUGCGCAUUUGUCUGCCCUCCCAUAAACUAAGGCCACUAUUAAAGCUGAACCAAAAUUUCUCAGAAGACAUUUUUCUGGGAAAGAUUCUGAGGUUUUUCUUUUUCUCAUUCCCCCAGAAAAGGAAGGUAGCUUUGCAGAAUUUUAUCUGAAGAUGCUCCACCAUUUAUUUUUGUUUUUGAUGGUGGCUGCCAUCUGUCCUCACCACGUUGAAUGCUCUGAAAUGAUAGUAGGUUUGAGGCAUUGUAGAUGGGCCAUAAUGGGCUGCAAACACAACUAUUUACACUGUGGCCACAACAUUUUUAAAAAAAAGAUGUAGGGAAAGAAGAAAUAAGCUGUGCUGCUGCUACUACUAAUGGUGAGCCCCAUCUCCUGGAGAAUGUUUCCUCUCCCUGCACAAGUUCAGUGAAAUGGUGCACCCCAAUUUUUCUAGAUUUUUGA